GGUUUUUAUUGUUUCGAUUGAUAAAGUAAUCCCUAAUUAGAAGAGUAAAUUAUUUUAACGAUUUGCAGUGCGUUAUUUGCACUUUAUAAGUAAUUGCUUAGUAUUUCUUUAUUUUGUUUUAUAUAAUUUAAUAUAACCAUCAUUAUCCAAUUUCGUAGUGUCCACCAACUAUGUGCAUUGGAGCCUUCAUCCUUUAGCUGGCAACUAAAGUUUGCUUUUGUCAUCGGAUUUAGCUUUUGGAUUGACUUCCAUAUAUUUAUUCUCUCUCAUUUUCAAAAUAGAUUUAUGAAUGGUUUGAACUUUGGGAAUUCAUUUAAUCAUUUUUUUUUUCUAAAGCAAAAUUAUAUUAUAUCUAUGUCUAUAUAUCCAUCCAGAUAUAUAUAUUUUUUUCCUUUUAAAAAAUACUGAUUUAUAUUUAAGUAUAAAAAGUUUGGAAGCUAAAGCCUUCCCCAAUCUAAUUCCAGGGUCGUUAUCCUUGUAGUAAAAACUAAUGCUUCUGUUUUUAAGUUGUGUAGUACAAAUUUAUACUACAAUGUUGUAAAGUCAAACUUGUACUACAUAUAUAUGUAUACGUAUUUAUAUAAAAGAAACGGGAUUUUCUUUUAUUUUAUUUUUUUAAUUUUGAAAAUAAUAUUCCAGUUAAAUACUCAAAAUUAAUUGACUAUUAUCAAACUACUUAAUACAUAAUGAUCAUAAUACAUAUAGACAUAACUAAUCCCCAAACGGUUGGAAGCUAGCCAAAAGCAACUUCACCGAAAAAACCAAUUAACAAACUAUGGCUUCUAAGUCAAUUUCCUCUUCUCUAACCUAUCUAACUGUGCUAAUCCUCCAAGUUUUCGUCCUAGUCAACGGCCAUGGAGGUCAUGGCGACGACGAAGACGAAGAGCACGUAGAUUUGCACUCGAAAGGGUUGACUCUGGUGAAGGUAUGGUGUUUGAUAAUCCUGCUAGUGAGCACUUUUGCGGGCGGAGUUUCGCCGUACUUCUUCAGAUGGAACGAGAGCUUUCUUCUGCUCGGUACUCAGUUUGCAGGGGGAGUAUUCCUGGGCACUUCUUUGAUGCAUUUCUUGAGCGAUUCCAACGAGACGUUCGGCGAUCUCACUGACAAAUCGUACCCUUUCGCUUUCAUGCUGGCAUCCGCGGGAUAUCUUCUGACGAUGAUUGGAGAUUGCGUAAUCAUCUAUAUUACAAAUUCAGGUGAAAGAGAAGCUCGUGUGGUGGUGGAGGAAGAUGGAAGAGCAGCUGGUGGUGGCAAAGAUGUAAAUGGUGGUGGGGAAGAUUCGAACCCUGUUUUCUUGAAAACGUCGUCGUUUGGCGACACCAUACUUCUUAUUCUCGCUCUUUGUUUUCAUUCGGUUUUUGAAGGCAUCGCCGUUGGUGUUGCAGACAAGAAGUCAGAUGCAUGGAGGAAUCUAUGGACAAUAUCACUGCACAAAAUAUUCGCAGCAAUUGCAAUGGGGAUUGCACUGCUGAGGAUGCUACCAAAGAGGCCAUUUCUGAUAACAGCAGCUUAUUCUUUUGCAUUUGCAAUUUCAAGUCCAAUUGGCGUAGGCAUAGGCAUUGCUAUCGAUGCCACAACGCAGGGUCGUGUAGCCGAUUGGAUCUAUGCAAUCUCAAUGGGACUUGCUUGUGGGGUUUUUAUCUACGUUGCCAUUAACCAUCUCAUUGCCAAAGGCUUCAAACCUCAAGCCAAUUCUUACUUUGAUACCCCCUUCUUCAAGUUUCUUGCUGUGCUUCUUGGUGUAGGAGUUAUAGCAGUUGUUAUGAUCUGGGAUUAAUUUAUAAAAAAACUACAUUUCCAAAAUUUCAGUUACCUUGUUUAAUUAUGUACUAUGUUAGAGUAGAUUAUGUGUUGAUGUAUUCGAAAUUUCGGAUUAAAUCAGCCUUUUUUUUUAAUUUUAAUUUUAAUUUUAUUUUUUUAUGUUGUCCAGGAGGAUUUGAAUUUUGUAAUCAGAAAAAUUGAUGACAUUGCUAUUAUACUGUUUCCAAGAGGAUUAUAAAAUAUGACCAGCCGGUUUGACAAUCA